GCACAGUUUGGGGACCACUGUUAUAAAGGGUUCAUAUAAUAUAAAGGGUUCAGCAGUGGUGCAGAACAGUAGGUGAACAUAAACAACUGAAGGCUCCCAAGAAGCCUAGGGGAGGCUUUCGUUGGGGGAAGGCGCGAGGCGUGUGUGGCGCGGCCCUGGCUCACUAACUGGAGCGCCACAGAUAAUAAGCCAGGUCUCUCCAGGAGAGGGGCCCCACAAAAUGGCGGCGGUUGGCGGGAGGUCACGUGGUACGCGCUGAGGCACAGCUGCAAACAUGGCGGCGGCUGAGAGAGAGCAGGAAGGGGAAGAGGUGCAAGUGGAGGAACAAUUAGUCAUGGUCGAACUAUCAGGAAUAAUUGAUUCAGACUUUCUGGAGAAAUGUGAGAACAAAUGCAAAAUUUUGGGCAUAGACACAGAGAGGCCCAUUUUACAAGUAGACAGAUAUGUGUUUACUGGAGAAUAUGAAGAUACUCUUGGUACCUGUGUGGUGUUUGAAGAAAACAAAGAUCAUGAUGCAGAAGGUAACCAAAAGCUACAGCUAAAAUAUAAGUGCCACACAAUGAAGAAGCUGAAGAUGACACGGACACUCCUCACAGAGAAGAAGGAAGGAGAAGAAAACACAGGUGGUGGUGUGGAAUGGCUGGAACUUAAGGACAAAGAUUUCUCAUACAGCAGGCCAAACAUGAUUUGCAACUUCUUAUAUGAAAAAGAAGAAUCCAAGGGCAAACUGGUGGAAGAAUCUGAGGGAGAAGCCGGUGACCCAGAAAAUAGUAUUCAGAACUCUGAACCUGAGAUGAAUCAUGUUGAAAUGGAUGACCCUGUCCCUCUUCUGGAUGCUGUUGGCUCUGAUGGAACAAACUCUUCCAUGAACAGCCAUGAGGAUAUUGCUGUAGAGGAUUCUCCACCUUGAUGUCAGUCCUGUAGCUAAAAGGAUGAUUAAUAGAGCUCAUUGAUAUAGGACUUUCUUUAGGACCUCUAGCUUGUGUAUAUUAUGAAUUAGAAAAUGGUGACUCAAACAUGUAAGCUAGUGGUAGUAUGGAAUCAAUUGUCCACAGUCUGUGAACUGUGCAGCUAAAUUCACAUUUCCUGUAAGGCUUUUGACCUUUCAUUUCAAGCUGCCCUUCGCCACCACCUCACUGCACCAAGCAUUUUGUGGAGGAAGUGGUUGCUGUCCUAAGGAGUAGAUAAAUCUUGUGAACAAGUACAAGGCUUUAAGUGUAUCUACCUACACUUUGUGGACUGUGGCUUUUGUUUAGUGCCCUUGCCUUUCCUGAAGGCAUCUCACUACCUCAGAAUGGCGAAGUGCAGAAGACAGUGCCUGAGGAAAAAGCAGUGUCAAUGAUCCAUUCAUGAUUCUUUUCAACUAUACAGUCAUGUUUGUUUAUACAUACAUCUUUGCAUGUACAAUUUGUCUUACAAAAUAAAAUGUUACUGUCUUUACCUGUAUGGAUAAAGAUACUGGACAUUCACUGGACUAGUUUCUGUUAUUUGUUGCUACCAUGCAAAAAGCAUUAUUCCCUCCUUCCAUUUCACCUCCAUGUAUACCUGUUGAGCUGCAUCCAGUUGUUUCCCCCGCUCUUGAUCUAAUGGAGGUUUCUAUAAACGGAAGGCAGGAAGUGGUUUUGGUAGCACUUGGCGCUGCAUGGAGAAAGGCAAGUAAGUGAAAAUUGCCUCUCCCUCCGGGAACAUGCUGCACUCAGGAAGAGUUCUGGUGGCAGAAAUAAACAUUCUCAAUAUAGCAUUAUGUUUUACUCUAUUCAUUCAGUUUCUCAAUGGUUGGCACCUUAGUCAUUGUUAAAGAGGUACUGCUCUAUACAAAUGACAUGUGUGAAUUUCGUGCUUUGGAAAAGAUACUGUUAAAAAUUAAAUCAUUUUUUUAAAAAAUUGCUAACUUAAAGAUUUUUCAGCCUGUUUUUACAGUUUGCAAACAUAAAUGUGUCUUUCUCCUUAGUGCUUACAGGAGUUCUUUUGAAAGUGCUGCCAGUGCAAAAGAUUGUACAGAGGAAUUUGUUUUAUUAUAUAUUUGGCUUCUUAUUACCACAUGCUUUAAUCUUUUACUGUUGCAAAUCUGUUUGUUUGUCUUUUGGCGAUAUGAGAUGCUGUGAAAGCUGCUUGUGUAGCAAGCAAAUUCUUUGGGUUUUGGUCACUGUGGUGUUCCCUACCCAUUCUCAGUGUUUGCGUCAAGCAGUUUAUUCUUACUCUAGAUAAGCAUUUUUCCCCCUGAACAUGAAAAAGAGCAGCAAAAUUAUUUUGUUUUGCUUGCUGUCUGGUCUAUCAAAAUACAGUAUGUCUCUUUCUUACUCAAGGACAGAUUGAGAAUUAAUAUUGUGUUUUGUUCUUGUGGUUAAACUUUGUUACAGCUUUAUAAUAAAAUGAAGAAGCACUGUC